AUGUUAACGAGUGAUGUGCUUCUGUUUAUUCUUCUGAGUGGCUCAUUUUUUGUGGCGUUCAAAGCUUCCAAUCGCGUUCUUUGGUAUAAAGUCCAGCAUAUCUUUGAUCUGGACUCUGCGGCCUCAAGGGUCGGUGGACUGGAUCUCAAUUUGUUGGAAGCGCAAACGGAUGGUUUCCUAUCAAAAUUCCAUAGCCAAUUUGCGCUUUCUUCCAAAAAAGCGAUGAAAGGAGUGCGCGUACUGUUCUCCUCGACUUUUGCGUUGUGCUUGAUAGCUAUGGAGAUGACACUUUGCCAAAUUAUGGCUGUCAAUGACGAAGUAUCAGCCCAGUCAAAUUUGGUAACUAUAUCAUGGCUUAUCACGUCUGUAGGCCUGGCGCUAAACCUUAUUUUAGUGCAGCCGUACUUAAUUCUUCUUUCAGUGCUGGACAAGUUUUACGGAGACAAGAUAAAGGUGGACUACCUGGCAUUGGUAGCUAGUGGGCUUAUCCUUGGAUGGGUUUUUACUCUGAAUUUUUUUGGAUGGGGCCCCUUCUUUUAUUCCACUAACAUGCUCACUAAGCUGUCCAUCAUGGGUGUAAGCGUCAUGGCUUUUUUGUCUGGGGUUGCCUCGGUUUCAACGCCAUACUAUGUCUUUCAGCUCAUACGUUACAAGCGCAGAAAACCCGAUUCAAGUUUCUCAGAGAGAAUUCCUGUCGCUUGGAUGGACGACGUCGUCUUGAGAGAGCAAAAAGGAGAAUGCGAGCGUCGGAUACAAGAAGGCUUAGACACAUUGAAAAGUAUCAAUUCUCAGCCUAAUGGAGCAAAUCCAGUUUUAAGGCAAAGACAUAUUGAAGAAAUUGCCAAAUUUCAGUUGGAACUCGCAAGGCUUGAGCCUCGCACCAAAGAGUCCAAGCAUGUUCGUGAUUUGAAGAAAUACUCUCAGCUUGGAUUUUUGGUAUACUGUGUUUACAAGCUACUCAAUACGUUUUUUUGGAAAAUUCCUGUUCUAGCUUGGCACUCUUUCCAUUAUCCGUUCGAUCAUAGUUAUGAGCGCCUGGGGUAUUCCGAAGGUGGGAGUAGCUCCAGUGAUCCCCUGGCCGUAACGGUAGCCAACGUGCUCAGCUUUUUUCUCUUUAGGUUCAAAGACCAGCAAGGCAAAGAAUCACUUGCCAAGCAAAUAUCUCUAGUGCUGUCGGUGUCAUUGUUCGCGUGUUCUGUUUCUACAGUAACAACAACAAUAUCAUAUCUCACUACCUUACUACCCACUCGGCUUCAAAUUCUGGCGCUAAAAACUAUGCAAAGAGACUCUUCCACUAACGUUUUGCCAACAUCGAGCAAACCACGGUACGAGUACAAGCAACGCCCUUCAGUAAUCAAAAAUUUACUUGUUUCUGAGCUUACUGGCGUCUACAUCCUCGCGACCAUAUUGAUGAUACGCUCUAACCUUCCUCUUGAUGUUGCUUCUCGCCUUAAUCAAAUGCUGGGUGAGGAGUUUGGGGUUCCUGAUAUAGUUAUCGAGGUUUGGUUUGACAAAGUCUUCGCGAUGAGUUCGAUUCUAUCUUUUGUGGGUAUAAAAGUUGCUGGAAAGACAGGCGCUGGCCAACAUAAUCGGACCUUGUAA